AUGGUCGCCUCUACCAAAGUCAACAGGUCUCAUACGCCGAGAAAAUCAACGGCAAGCUCUGGCCUUGCUAAGAAGCCUGCUGCCAAGCCAAAUACCAGCAUCCUCAACUUUUUCCAGAAAACGGCAAAGCCUGAAGAUUCGUUAUUCGUCGGUGCGGUACCUGCGGAAUCCGCUGCUAAGGAGGAUCUCUAUGGACGUGACGAUGACGCCCGGUACAAUGAAGUUGAAGCUCCAAACGCCGCACCGUUGUCUCCCUCUGCCCGGCUAGAACCACUUCGUGAUAUUACACAGGCCGAAGACACCAAUGAAAAGUAUAAACCACCACUGCUGGAGCAAGAAACCUCGGUUGAUGCCCAAUUUAAUCAACUGGGCGAUUUCGCUGACAUGGACGAUUUCGACUUAGACGAGUUUGAAGGUGAAGAGUUACGGGAGAUGCGAUUCAUGCGGGAGCAGGCAAGGCUUGAAGCUGAAGAGGCCGGAAUCCCUAGUGACGAUCUCGAUGAACUUCUGGAUAAUCACUCAAUGGUAGAGAGCUGCCCGAUAUGUUCUGGAAGCCUACUCGGUAUAUCUGCAGACGAAGCUUCGCGGCAUGUCAACUCAUGUCUUGAUGGCGAUCCUAUUCCACUACCUACCAAGGACAUAACUGUGACCGAUGUUCAACCUGAGGUAGAGGCUGCGGAGAUCGGCAAACGCUUUGCUCGAGCUGCUGUCCCCAGGCCGGGUCAAGCAAAUCCUCUUGAGAUGAAAGCGGAAAACAAAACAACGAGCGCCUUUUCUAAGCUAAUGUCUGGCAAUGCGGAAGAUUCGGCUUGGGCUACGGCGGCAGCGGCAGAAACUGCGUCUCGAGGCCGGCCGGCGUACGAGCGGACUUGCCCCUUUUAUAAAAUCAUGCCUGGAUUCUCAAUAUGUGUUGAUGCAUUCCGUUACGGCGCUGUUGAAGGAUGUCAGGCCUAUUUCUUGAGCCACUUCCACAGUGACCAUUACAUCGGCCUGACAGCAAGCUGGAGACAUGGUCCAAUCUACUGCAGUAAGGUCACCGGGAGCUUGGUUAAGCAGCAGCUCCGGACUGCUGCCAAGUGGGUUGUUGAGCUAGAAUUUGAAAAGCCUUACGAUAUACCUGGAACUGAAGGUGCAACGGUUACCAUGAUGCCCGCCAAUCACUGUCCUGGGAGCUCCUUAUUCCUCUUUCAAAAGUCGUUUGGAAAUGGGCCAAACAAACGAACUAAGCGGAUACUACACUGCGGCGACUUCCGAGCCUGUCCUGAACAUGUUCGACAUCCGUUACUCAAAUCCGAUGUGAUAGAUUCGAUAUCCGGCAAAUCAAGGCAGCAGCGAAUUGAUAUCUGCUAUCUUGAUACGACUUACUUGAAUCCACGAUACUCUUUCCCUCCCCAAGGCGAUGUCAUCCAAGCGUGUGCUGACCUCAUCGCAUCAAUGUCUCCUGACCCCAAUUGUGCAGACGAUGUUUGGCAGAGGUCAGAGAAUUCCGCUGGAACGGGUACCGUGAGCAAGUAUUUUCACAGUGAUAAGCCAUCGGACGAUGCUGCACAGUCAAAAUUAAAAUCCCAGCGUAAACAGCGUCUCCUAGUAAUAUGCGGUACCUACUCUAUUGGAAAAGAGAGGAUAUGUGUGGCUAUAGCAAAAGCUCUGGGCUCCAAAAUCUUUGCGUCAGCGGCGAAGAUUAAGAUAUGCAAGCAGCUCGAUGAUCCGGAACUAACUGCGCUGCUGACUUCUGAUCCCAUCGAGGCCCAAGUCCACAUGCAAAUGCUCAUGGAGAUUCGCGCAGAAACUUUGCAGGAUUAUCUAGACAGCUACAGGCCACAUUUCAGCCGCAUCGUUGGCUUUCGACCAAGCGGCUGGAACUUUCGGCCGGGCAAUGGCAAGGUUAUUGGAGCCAAUACUCCCCCGAGCAGUAUCUCUACUCAACAGCUUCUUCAUGGCAAGGGCUGGAGGACAAGAUUCGGGGCAAAGGAUCUUGUAGCCCAGAGAGGUAGCACCAAGGAGGCCAUGUGUUUUGGCGUUCCGUACUCUGAGCACAGCAGUUUCCGAGAGCUUGCCAUGUUCGUCAUGGGUCUGAGAAUAGACAAGAUAAUCCCCACUGUCAAUGUCGGUAGCGACCAAUCAAGAAAAAGAAUGAAGGGCUGGAUAGAUAGAUGGAUGACAGAGAGGAGGAAAGGAGGGCUAGUGAGACCAUUAGUAGAGGGUGAAGACGACGAACAGAAAGGCAAUUCUCUACUCUGGGAGGGCAAAGCUGGCGAAGGAGGCGGAGCCUGGUGGUAG